GAUUGGUCACGUUCCGCAACGUCCGUAGCAUUAGGCAGUGCGGGGGUUUUGAUGUGGAAGUAAAAGAUGGCGGCGGGGGAACACUGGCAGAGCGCGCUCAGUGAACAUGCGCUCUUCUCCAGUUUAAAAGAACGGCUGAGGGAUGUCGAAGAACUUAGGGAGCAGGGAGAACGGCGAGCAAGUAAAGAUAAGCAAUUGAGGAACUUGCUGUGCGUCCUGGAUGGGGAUCUGUUGGUGUGGGACGCGGAGGAGUGCGCCUUUCAUACUGUCACACUGAGGAGCCUAAGUGUGGAGAGCACAGGCAGCAGCAGCGGAGAGCAGAAACUGCUUUGCACAAAUCCUCCACUUUUCGACGUUAAUGAGGUGUUGCUAAGUCCCACUCAACACCAUGUUGCUCUUGUUGGAAGUAAAGGAGUGAUGGUGCUGGAGAUUCCUAAACGCUGGGGAAAGAAAUCUGAGUUUGAAGGCGGUGAAAAGACAGUGAACUGCAGGACUAUCCCCAUUGCUGAAAGAAUUUUCACUAGCUCUACCUCUUUAUUACUGAAGCAGGCUAUCUGGUACCCAAGUGAGACACAGGAACCUCAUUUAAUUUUGCUGACAUCGGACAACAUAUUAAGAUUAUAUAAUCUUCAGGAUCUUUUUACACCUGUUAAAGUUAUCUCCCUCUCCAGUGCUGAAGAGGAAACCACACUGCCCCAUAAUGGACGAUCCUAUAAAGCCUCCCUUGGUGAGACUGCAGUCGCUUGUGAUUUUGGCCCACUGGCAGUCCUUCCUAAAGGUUUUGGACAACAUAGCAAGGAAGAUACAGUGGCUUAUCCUCUUUAUAUCUUGUAUGAAACCGGAGAAACCUACCUAAUGUACAUUGAUCUGCAGAAAAGCAACAUCACUGUGGGUAAACUUCUAGGGCCACUUCCAAUGUACCCUGCUGCAGAAGAUAAUUAUGGCUAUGAUGCCUGCGCUCUGCUCUGCUUACCAUGUGUUCCAAACAUAAUAGUUAUUGCCACUGAAUCAGGAUUACUAUAUCACUGUGUGGUGCUGGAAGGCGAGGAAGAUGAUGAGCAGACAUCAAACAAGUCUUGGAAUUCCAGCUGUGACUUGAUUCCCUCACUGUAUGUUUUUGAAUGUGUUGAACUGGAGCUUGCUUUGAAAUUUGCGACAGAAGAAGAAGAAUCUCUGGAGCUUGAUUUUGCAUGUCCUAUUAAACUUCACAGAGAUCCUAUCUGCCCAUCCCGAUACCACUGCACUCAUGUGGCUGGUGUUCACAGUGUGGGACUGACAUGGUUUAACAAGUUAGAAAAGUUUCUCAGCUCAGGUGAAGAAGAUAAAGAUAGUUUACAAGAACUUGCAGCUGAGCAAAAGUGCCUUGUGGAACACAUCCUAUGUACCAAGCCUCUACGGUGCAGGCUUCCCUCUCCUAUUCAAGGUUUUUGGAUAAUCUCUGAUCUUUUCCUUGGCACUUCUAUGAUCUGCAUUACAUGUGACUUUGAGUGCAUUGUGAGGCCAUUGCUAACUACCAUUCGACCUCCCUCUCCACCUCUUCUCUGCUCUCAAAGUGACAAAAGUUCCACAGAGAUCCUUCCACAUGUCCUAGCAGAUGUGAAAGGGCCAUUUGAAGAGCACAUCAGAGGCAUUUUAAGACGCAACUCUGCAAACCCAUUGUUGUUGAACUCCUCAAGCAAAGAUUCCUCUCCUCCACCUGAGGAGUGUCUCCAGCUUCUAAGUAGAGCUACUCAGGUUUUCCGUGAAGAAUACCUUCUCAAACAGGACCUUGCCAACGAGGAAAUUCAGAGACGAGUGAAGCUCUUGAUUGCUCAGAAAGAGAAGCAGCUAGAAGAUCUACGAUAUUGCAGAGAAGAAAGAAAAAGCCUGACAGAGACAGCUGAACGCCUGGCAGAAAAGUUUGAAGAGGCAAAAGAGAAACAAGAAGAUCUCAUAAACAGGUUGAAAAGAAUACUGCGUAGCUUCCACACUCAGCUCCCUGUUUUAUCGGAAAGUGAAAGGGACAUGAAAAAAGAACUGCAAGCAACAAACCAACAGCUUCAGCAACUGGGGAAUUCCAUUAACCAGGUGAAUAGAAAGAUGUCUUAUCAGGAGAAACAGAUGGAAAAGGGAAAGAGCCCUCGGAAAUCCAGUCUUACUCUCAGUGAUUACCAAAAGAAAAACAUCAAGGCUGUGUUAAAGGAACAUGGAGAACAUAUCCAAGAGAUGGUGAAGCAGAUAAAUAAUAUCCGAAACCACGUGAACUUUUAAUGUGCGAUUGUUCUGAAGAAGGACUACACACCGGUGGAACAGAACCAUUCUAUUCUUGUCAAGAGUAUUUUGGUUUUUGGGGGAAAGUAAGAACUGAUAAAGAAGAGAAGAACUUUUGUAAACUUGAGGAGCCUAAAAGCAUUUUUUAUAGUAUCAAUAUCCAUUUUUACUUUGAAGUGCUCUAGAGUACACUGCUGAUGUGGGUGAUUUUGUAAUAUAUUUAAAGGUAUUCUACAUUUUGCAAGUUGUAUGCAUUUUAGCAGUUUUAUACCGAAUGAUUUUGAAUUUCAAGUUUGAUUUGUGCAGCUUUUCUUGUGCAGUAUAUCCAUGGCACUGCCGUGUCUGUGAGAUGCUUUAUUUAAAACAUUUUCACUUAUUAAAGUCAUGGAAGCAUUCUUUCUCUUCCAUUA